GAACAACCUCAUUACCAAGAAGAAUUUCUCCCACAACCAGAAGGGCCAUUGGAGCUGGAGUUACCAAUGGCGGCCUUCACGGGCCAUUCUGCAGAGCCAUGCUAUACUCCACAGCCAGAUCCACACUAUGAAUUGAGACUUCUCAUGGAGCAGUUUGCUCGAGACUGUGAUAGAACAUGCUCCAGGAUGGAUCAUUGUGUCCAGGCCUAUCGUGAAACAGAGGAGAUCCUCCUGAGCCUUAAGAAGAGCGUCGAUGAUCUUGAGCGAUCUUGGGCACAACCUGCUCCAGAUCACCCUUCUGCUACCAUACAAGAAAAGGAGGAGGAAGAAGAAGGCUACAAGGACAUUGUGGAGCACACUGAAGUUGUCACGGAGAGCUCCCGUGAUGAUCAUGAUCAGGAGUGUCAUGUCGUAGCCGACCACACCUUCCCACACCCAAAACUGAGCUUUGAAGAGGCGGGCAUGAGUGAGGAGAUGCAAGAAGAUCUCAUGAAAGAAAUUGCUUGGCAACUUGCUCUCCAAUCCGUGCUAGAAGAAGAAGAGCAAGAAAGGGUGCAGAAAGAAGUUGUGGAGGAUGACGAAAGUGAAGCUGGAGGAGUUCUUGAUCAUUUCCCAGGGGUGAUACCACAUGAAGAAGGAAGGGAGGUUGAAGAAGCAAUUGGCGUCCAGGCUGAGGAUGAAGUUGAGGUGGAAGAGGCCUGCACCGGCCAUGAGUUACAUGUGAUAUUCCCACCAAACUUCGAGGAACUGCUUAGCAAGGACCCAUUUGCAGUGUCUCUUUGCCAGACCAAGGCCACAUCGACAUCGGUCCCUCUUGGUGGACGCAAUGGUGGCCAAUCGAUGUUGUCUUAUCUGGUUUGGGGCAAUGAGACGAGAGAAGAGAAGAAGAGGUCUCGAGGGUGGAGACUUCAUCUGCAUCAAGUACAUGAGCCUUCAUCACCUGCCACACCACAUGCUCAUGACUUGAGACUCCACCUCAUCGACGAGAACCUCAACUUCAAGGAGGUUCUAGCAUGGACCGAAACUUAGGAGCCAUCGUCCGGCUCACGACGUGAAAGAAGCGCUUGUUGGGAGGCAACCCAACCAGUCGGUUUGCAUUUCUUUACCUAUUUCUCUUCGGUUGAGUCAGUUUUGUUCUUUGAUUUUAGAGUCAAUAACUCAACCUUUGUGAGAUUUUGUGUGGUGUUUGUGUUUCGACUACUCUCUCCUCCUUGAAUGCACCGCCUGCCUCGUCCACCGUCAUUCACCCUUGAUCUGGUAACUUUGUUCUACCCCCUUAUCUUUCCUCCAUUGAGGACAAUGUCGUGCUUAAGUGUGGGGGGAUGUUCGAUUAUGUAUGCGGGUGAAUGUUUGGCUGUUUGUGUGCUUGGAGCCUAGUCCACUGUCCAAAUUUUUAAAUUUGAGGGCUCCAAGUACGUGUUUCCAUGCAAAUUGCCUGCUCAAUAUGCUUUGAAUUGACAGUCUCUAUAGUAAUGUGCAACCUAGGGAGGUAGUGUAGCACUAUGGAGGAUGUUGAUGCAUUUAAGAAGUCUCGUUUCUUCUUCAUAUUGUGUUGGUUGAUUGUGUGAAUUAGUGAUCUUCGGACCCUUGAAUAGUGUGGUGUUGUGGACUCUCUACCUGUCAUGGACUCCUGUAUCAUGUUUUGAAAUAAAUGGUGCUCGAAAAU